AUGGCCAGUACAAGCUUGACGGCUUCUUAUCUGACGCCAGACCCAAGCUUCAAUUGGUUUUUUCUCCUGUGGCUCAUUGUUUGUUGCAUUCUUGUUUUGUUCUUCUUGCUUUACUUCAAUCGGCUCUUCGCGACCCUACUCUCCUACGGAAUCAAAGCCUACACUUGGCACUACUACCGCGUCUUUGUCGAUAUAAACGCGCUACAGAUAUCGUUGUUGGGUGGCAGGAUAUUCUUCAAGGGAAUCCGAUAUCAUGGCGUGAACGAGACAAUCUUCAUCCAUGGGGGGUUCAUCACCUGGAGGUAUUGGAAACGCCCAGUGGCACGUACCGAUCUAUCCGACGCAAACGAGGACUUGAAGGAGAACACAGGCGGUUAUAGCGCUCCAGGGAACGAACGAAAAGGCUCUAUUCCGGGCACUUCCAGCGACAAGAAUGCCAGUCUCGGGGAACAAGGCGGAGCGGAGAAGACAAUUGAUCUUCCUUGUCGCAUUUCAAUCAAGGUCUAUGGUCUGGAAUGGUUUGUCUAUAACCGAACCCCAGCUUAUGACAGCAUUCUUGCUGGCUUCGGGUACACCAAGGAUAGAUGGGAUGAUGACGAGAACAAUGGACACCCUCAACCCGAUGAGCAGCCAGCGCGGACCAACACAACAUUUACAAUGGAGUCUGGGCCCGGUAACAAAGCAAGCGCCGACAACGUCUCCAAACGAAGCAUAGAUGGAAGCGAAUCUCUGAAUUACCAAAACUCUAAUAUUCGAAAUGCCGAACUCUCGGACCCGGUGUCGAAUAUGCUUGGACUUUUGCCUCUGAAGCUGGACUGCACCAAAGGAGCAAUUGUGAUGGGAAAUGAAAACACCCGGUCUGUCUUGACAACUACUUUCGAUGGGGCAACGGGAAACAUUGCAGCUUGCAAGGCAGGACCUCUUGAUUUAUACCGGCAGCUGUUUACGUUCCAAUUCAAGCACCCGGUGAUCCAGAUGCGGCCCAAUCCUGACUUCAAACAAACACAAUUGGCCACUGCCAAAGUGUUGAGUACUGCAGAAGAGGAAGAACCUGUUCCAAAGCCUAAGCUGGGAAAUUUAUUCAGCUAUCGGUCUCAGAGACGCAAGAUAUGGCAUGGCAUUCGUGAACUUGUUCCUUACUUCCAAACCUCCGUUGAGUCUUUCACCUUGGGCGAUAAAAAAGCCGACAUUAUGCCUAGAAGUCAGGCAGAGUUCCCAAAUGCUAUCCGCUGGACUGGCCUUUCCCGGUACCUGGACGAGGAUGAUGACGAUGACCAUGAAAAAUGGAACUCGGUCGAGUAUGCGCGAUUUUCCACAAUAUUUGAUGGCCCAAGCCUAGACUUCACUUAUUUCUGGGAUAUUCCUGGACGUGUGAGGCCCGAACAACUUGUUCCCUCCCAGGAUUUAGGCAAAAAUAUCAAUCAUGCCCCUCCGCCAGAAUGGGGAAUCGAUCUAAAGAUAGACGGCGGAGCAAUCAACUAUGGACCCUGGGCUGACAGGGAGCGAAUUGGCUUACAGAACGUCUUCUUCCCCAAUUUUUACCGCAGUGCAGAACCGGCAGAGCCAUUAACAACCGGCGUGUUGAGACAAAGCACCUCAUUCAAGUUGCGUGUUGAAAUCUGCGAAGAGCUUAUACUUCGAAUCCCCACACGAGAGCAGUCGAAGGACUGGCAAUGGAAAGGCCGCGCAGAUGCCAUCGGAGGAACUUCCAAAGGGAAGAAGCAAAGUGACAGGAGUAAAUCACGCCCCAAGGAAGGUGAAAAAGGCCAUGUUGGUCCUGAUAUUCGACCUUUUGGAUGGCUCUCCCUUCGCGUGGGCCCUGACUCUACCAUAACCUAUACCAUGGACAUGGCAGCAUCAAUCACAGGGUACCGAAAUGAACUUGCUCUUGAAUUGCGUGAAUCAAAGCUCUCAUCCAGUGUGAACCAUGGGCUUCUAUGGCAAUGUCCACGGCAGUUGGUCACUUGUGACUUGUCUAACCCCCUCUGCUGGAACAGCCUGCGGACGUGGAAAUUUGCGGUUGACAGUCAUGGAAUGGAGCUCUUUCUCUUGCGAGAUCACAUUUUUCUCCUGACCGAUCUCGUCACUGACUGGGCAUCGGGCCCUCCAUCCGAAUACUACACAUUUGUGCCAUUCAUCUACAACAUUGACCUCAGCUUCUCGAACUUACAGCUAUUGAUCAAUGUCAACGACCGGAACAUUAUCAGUAACCCUUCCGAUCGGGAAGACAACCGAUUCAUUGUUAUAAAGGGCAAGCAGUUGACGGCGAAUGUCAUUAUUCCAUUGAAUAAGUAUCAACCUGAACAGAAUGCAGUGGAGUUCAGGGUUAAUCUCCAAGAUGGGGGUGUCGAUCACUUAGUCCCUGCGUGGGAUACACACCAUGCUUUUCUGCCUGGAACUUCAAUGGCAACACUUGAUAGCCUCCUUAUCGAUGGCUCUUACACCUACUUCCUUUCAACGUCCCCAGACUUGACAGAUACCCUGGUGCUAAAUCUCGAUGGCGCUUCGCCUAGGUGCUAUCUCUACGGCUUCUUGGUCAAAAGCUUCAUGGCCGUUAAGGAGAACUAUUUUGGUGAUGAGAUGCACUUCAGGACCCUAGAAGAAUACCAAGAGCUGGCCUUCGCUAAUGAACCGCCUGCCAAUCCGACAGGCAUUAAUCCAAACCGGAGGUCAAAUGACAUGGAUGUAUUGAUCCACGUAGUUGUGGACAGUCCUUGUGCUCUACUCCCUGAAAACAUAUACGACCAGUUGGAAUGCACAAGACUUCGCGCUGCUUCCCUUGAGGCUGAUCUUCGUUUCACUAACUACUACAUGGACAUGCAACUGUCAAUUAGUCCACUCAAGAUAGAUCAGCAAUCUACCCAGGAAGAUGGUUCAACAGCCGUAUCCGAUACUCAGCUUUUCAUCGAUGGUAUCUCAGCCUAUGGCCAUCGUCUUUUUGGAUUGCCUCCCGCUGAGCCGACCUAUGUUUGCAAUUGGGAUUUUGAUGUGGGUAAAAUCAUUGGCGAAUGCUCCCCGGAAUUUCUGGCUUGUCUGGCGUCCAGCAUUAAAAGCUUUGAUUUCUCGUUUGAUAACGAGGAAAAUACCCUGCAUCCAAUCUUUCCGCCUGUUCUCCAUGACGUGACCUUUUUGAGGGCCAAGAUUAGCUCGACUCAUGUCAGUGUCUUGCUGGACCACACAGCUCUCAUAUUGAGUUCUAAGCCAUUGACAAUCAACUUCAACGACUGGGCGAACACCAAAUUCUCAAAACGAAUGAAUUUGCUGAUGCCUGACUUGACUAUCGCUGCAGUCGAUCGGCAGUCCGCGAAUCUAGCCUUCAAGUCGUCUGACAAGAGAGUCGAUCCUCUCGGCAUUAUUCAGGUGACAAUACGAUUCAAGAUGGCUCUUCGGAAACAGGAUAUCGCCGAAAGCAGACGAUUGCAACAGGAGCAUAUUCAAGUCCAUGAUAAACGCACACAUCGAUCCCAGUGGCUGCUCUUUGACUGGGAAGAUAUUGCGCCAAUUUCUUCCAUCCCUCACGACGAUGGCCUUUCACCCCCAACAAUCGCCAUACCCUCGAUGCCUGAACCUAUGCAUCAAAGGUUAAGCUCGGUAAAUGCGCCGUCAUACAGAGGGUUCUCAGGAACUCAACCUGCGGGAAGCGCUAGGAGCUUUCUUGUCCAUUCCGAAACGUCAAGUCUCAAAAGCACGAAAAUUCGUGGCAAUGGUAUACAAGGUACCAUAUCAGUCUCAAGCUCAGAGCCGUUGCGCCGUCCUGUUGCGCCUGUCCGUGAUGCAAGUAGGAGCACUACGCAAGCCAAUCGCUUCAAGGAUAAUGAAAGCUAUGGAUAUUCCACUCCCAGAGCAACCUCAUACUCUCCAGCUGCAAUCAGAGAUGCAAAUCCUUGGAUCUUACCAAAAUUCUCAUAUUACAAGCUUUUCUUGGAUACAUCUGAACUGCCAUCAAUUAACAGCAGCAAUCCUGGCGACAACGAAGAUGAUAAAUAUCCGACCCCGCAUUCCAUGUUCUUGACUUUUGAAGAUGACCAAACCACUUACACCAACCUCGCAUUAGAUCUUCCGUUGGGCAUCAGAGGCUUCUGUACUCCAAGGUUCCUGUUCACCUUGUCUGCCUUACUAGAUGGGUUCGAACCGAAGCAUCCAGUUCAAAUCAUUGAUUCGCUCCAAAAGGAUGUCAUCUCCGACAUAGUAGGUUAUGACAAGUCUAUGAGCCAGCCCAAGAAAACAACUGCUGUUUCUCUUCGCAUUCCAUCUAUCCACUUGAGAUUGGUGGACGUUUCGGAAUCCCCCAACAACAAACAUGUCGAGUUCCGAGAUGAAUACAGCAUUGAGGUUCACCACCUUCGUACCGAAUUUCAACGACGUAUUCAGCGGCAAAAGGGCGAUCUUCUUGAAGGUCUCAAACAAGGCAUUACUGUUCAUGCAGCAGCAGAUCAUAUCUCUAUUUCUGUUGAGGGGAGUCGAGCAGACGCCUUCCAGGAAAAGGCCGCGUUCAACUGCAAUCUGAGUGAUAUGAACUUCUGGCUCGUGACGUCCCCUAAUAUUCGCUCGAAUUUGCAGAUGCGAACUUUCAACACUAUCACCUCCGCUAGGUCGGUGGAACGGUUGGCGUUCCUCGUUCGAGGAGCCACGACCAUGUUUGACUCUGUUGCAUCGGCUUUCCAGCAAGUCUCGAUUGCAAGCACACGACGCCUCCAAUAUCUCAUUUAUUUUGCAACGCUAUCAGCCACCGACAUCGGGGACCCGAUUUUCCUUGCACGUAUUUCAAAUGUUCUUCGAGUCGCUUCAACUCAUCUGCGACAACAUGAUUCUUGGAAGAUCAUUUCACGCAUCCGAAACAUCUAUAGGAAUCUUCCGGCGCAUCACCGGCGCGAGCUGGACCGUAAAUGCCUUAGCAACAAUCUUCCAUUGCCACGCAAUGCUAGAUCCACUGUCUUUACUGGCUUCGACCAGUGGCGAGCAUGGGAUCUAGCCCAUGUUGAAAAGAGCUAUGUCAUGCGCAGAAUUUGGUCAAAUCCCGAAUCCGAAAAGGCCGCCACAAAGCCCUCUAUGUUCAUGUCUUGCACAGUGAAGACCUUCAGGUUUUCUUUGGACCCCGGUCCAAGAGGGACUGACUUUAUCGUGGAGGAUCUGUCGACAGUCAUAUCGCUUGUGGCUGAAAACAUUUCCUCAGAUGGCGACAAGCUGAGGCUCAAAAAUCUCGUCACAUUGCAGGCGUACUGUUCAUCUGCUGCUCUACAUUUAAGAUGGGAGGUUCUGGAUCUCGUUGAGGGUAUUAUGAAAGUCAUGUCUACAGUCACACUUGAAUCGAAGCCAGUUCAGUCACCAUCGAAUGAUGGAGAAAAAGAGCCAACGGAGUUGCAGAUUGUAUUUGGCACUGAUUUCGGCUCAAUUACCCUUGAUGGUAUCAACGUCAAGCUUGCUUUGGUCUCCAAGGCUCUACGAAGCUCCAUUGUCCACAGCUCACACGGCGCAAAACCGGCCCACAAAGAAGAUCUCGCGCUUUUGUUUAGUGCGGAUGCAUGCUCUUCUGAACUUCUGAGUCAGUCAGGGUCACUCAUGCUGUCAAGUAUUGCAGAUCCUUACUUCUAUUUCUCACUGGUCUCUGAAGAAGACGAGACCCAGAGUAGAAAUGAUUGGAAAGUGGCUGCGUCGUGCCGAAAACUUCGCUUUGACAUGAAGGAAGACCCUGUUGGUCUUGCCCAUGUGGCGGACCGUAUAAUUGAAGAUGAAGUCAGAUACAUUCGGCAGCUUACCGGCAAUUGCAAACUUCCGAAGCCUGCUACGCCUGAAGUUGAAAUGCCACCGGCAUCGAAAAAACCUACUCACCAUCGCAUCAACGUGGCCAUGUUUCUGGAUGACUAUCAGUUAAGAUUCAGCCUCCUUCCAUCUCUGACAUACCUCAUCACUGGUGACGUAGCCCGCAUGUCGGUUAUGCCUACGAAAUCGUCACAGAUUGAGGUCGAUUUUGACGUGAAGCAAAACUCUCAUCUGUUCCUGUCGGGUGAAGGCGCAAAGUCGCGAACGUUGUCGAAGUUGGAAAUUCCCCCAACCAAUGGCCGGAUCCUUGCAAAUAUCUCAUCUGGCCGGAAGGAGUUAGAGGUAGAUCUGACUAUUGAACUGAUUCGUCUCGAGGCCAGCGCCGUUCGAAGUCUUUUGGGUGUUCUGACAGGACCAGACGUUGCUCAUCUCCUCGAGGACCUCAAACAAAAUUUGGACGUUCUUCAAUCCCACUUGAGUAACGCCCUUUCGCUUGAAAAGGCAAAUGCAGAACCGGCGCCUUUAUCUGAAGAGUCAGUUAUUCUAUACAAAGCUCGCCUUACAAUGGCUGGUUUUGAGAUACACGCUGUUGCGCCUGGUUUGAAUGGGAAGGAUUACAAAGCAGAAAUGGUCUUCAGCCUUGGAACGAUGCAGAUGAGUCUCCAAAAUGGUCUAGAUCGAGGCUAUGCCAUGGAGUACCCCGAGUUCAAUAUCGACGCUUCGCAAAUUAGCUUCCUCUUGCGGCGCCUAGAGAGAACAAAGACCAAAUCUUACGGUGGUUUCACAUUUGCUGUCAAGCUCCUUGGAACGUCCGCAGUCCGUGAGAAUGGGGAGGUCAUGCGGGCCUACCAUUUCACGAGCGAUAAAUUCGACAUUGAACUUUUUGCGGAGACGGCUGCCUUGGUCGUAGAUAUCGCCAUCUACACACAAGAGCGCAUCAAGACAUUGGAUCUCUCUCAUGAAGUCAAACGCCUACGCAGGCUACGUCAUCGCCAUCACAAGGAAAUAAUCGGCGCUCAAUCUGACGUUCCAAAGAUUCAGGUGAACGACGAUGCUGCCGCGCAAGCAUUCCUCAAUGCCCUAUACUCAUUUCAUUUCCGGGGCAUCCAGGUUGCAUGGAACAUGACACCUCUCUCCGAUGGUGCUGGUCGCCAGCCAGAGGACCUUGUCUUCUCAAUCCAGCAAGUCGAGCUGUCCAAUAAGAAGAAGAAUGCAGCCAGACUUCGGAUUGAGAAUAUGCAACUGCAGAUGGUACCAUUCCGUGCAGAUCGGAAAAAACGGUCGCUGAACUCCGCUCUCAUGCCUCAACUAGUGUUCAAUGUUGGCUAUCAUUCCAUCGGGAAAGAACUUUGGCUUGCUUUCCAGGCAGCCGGUAAAUCCCUCGACAUCCGUGCGACAUCUGAGUUCAUUAUCCCAGGAAACAUGAUCCGGAACUCUAUUGCGUCUGCAACUGAGGCUUUGCGUGAGGGCAAGGCUGCUUGGGCUACGAAGCCAACUCCUAAUCCGGAGAACGGCCCAAAAAGCCAGAGUCUCUUUGGCAACAGACGCCUUCGAUCUGUCUUUGUGGAUGUUGAUUUUGCCGGUGCUACAGUCUCGCUACAAGGAAAACGAAGUCAGGAUCCUCAGACUUUGAUGGCCGCCAACAUUAAGAGUAGCCGACUUUCCGAAGCGAGAUACGGCGAAUAUGUACAAGGAGAUUCCGCAACCACUGCGACUUUACAGGCACCAGGAGUGGCUUUGAAGGUUCAUUUCGAAGAUAACGGGACCGAUGAUCCAGCGCUUAAUGCAGAGUUGAAGGUCAAUCCAUCCACCAAUGUCUUGUAUCCGACGCUUGUGCCCUUGGUCAAGCAAAUGACUGCUACUGUGAAGGAAAUUAUGAGAGAGAAAGAUCAGCAACACCGCCUUCGUCGUCCAUCCGCUGCAGCGAAGCUACAGCCUCAAAAGAUCAUGCAAGAAGCCCCAUUCGGUGCGCCUGAUCCAAGUUCAAUUCUUGGGCGAUGCAAGGUCAACCUUGGACUGUUAUUCUGUAAACAAGAAUUCAGUCUUAGUUGUCAGCCGAUCGCCAGAGUAGCAGCAACGGCACGAUUCGAGAGUGUCUACGUUACGGUCAACACAAUUCUAUCCAACGAACAGGGUCGCUUUGUUGCUCUUUCUUUAGCAUUCAAUGAUUUGGAGGCCUCGGUGAAGCAUGUUUAUUCCAAUGAAUCUACGGCGAGUUUCGAAGUUCGGUCCAUGGUGCUAUCGUUGAUGAACAGCAAGCAUCUUGGCCGAACAAGUGGCGUGUCAGCUAUUCUUAAAGUGAGCCCUAUGAAGGUCAUUUUGAAUGCUAAGCAGGUUCAAGACUCUUUAUUGUUCCAAGAGAUUUGGCUUCCAUCCGACGAUGAGCCUAGCUCCAACUCAACACCACGACCGGAGGAAUCACAUGAGCCAGAGGCCCAGACCUACAUUGUCCAGCGUUAUCAACAGGUUGCUGCGGCAUCAGCGUUUCCCUGGAACACGACUAUUGCCAUUGAGAAGCUGGAAAUACAGCUAGAUCUGGGAUCAACACUCGGUAAGGCGCAGUUUGCCAUCGACAACUUGUGGGUUUCCUCCAACAAGACUUCCGAUAACGAGCAAAGUAUGUGCAUCAAUUUUGAUUCCAUUGGUAUCGAGAGUAAGGGUCGCAUGAGUGGCAUUGUGGAAUUGCGGACUCUCAAAGUAAGCACCUCCAUUCAAUGGCCAGAGUCCCGUGAAGCUGGGCACACGCCACUCAUUCAAGCCUCUAUCGCUUUUCACCAUCUUCAAGCCAAGGUAUCCUUCGACUAUCAGCCUUUCUUGGUCGCGCAUAUUGCCAUGUUUGACUUCUUGAUGUACAAUGUUCGUGAACCCUCUGGUGAACAGAGCCAACGACUAUUCAGUAUAUUAGAAGGCGAUGAAGUACAAGUCUUCUGCACUUCUUUGACAGCAUCCCAAGCCCUGGCGCUGUUCCAAGCCUGGCAGAGACUAGUCCAAGACAAGCAAUCAGCUUACGAAGCAUCCCUACGGGAGGUUGAGCGAUAUCUUCGUCGCAAAUCCUCUGCGGUCCCCUCCCAGUUAGAGACGCGCGCUAAAGAACAGAACCAGAAGGAUGAGGAGUCCGAGCGGGCACCCAUCCAACUGCAUACCGGUGUAGUUGUCAGCAUUCGCCAUAUCAACCUUGGUGCCUUCCCCAGCUCGUUUUUCGACAAUCAAAUCUUCAAGCUGGAGGCCUACGAUGCCCAGGCCCGUUUUUCCGUCUCACUGGAAUCUGACAAAAUCCACAGCGCACUCGGCUUGACCCUUGGUCAGCUCCGUGUGGCACUUUCUGGAAUCAGUCGACCCAGCUCCGCCCAACUUGAAGAGCUCUCUGUGGAUGAGAUCGCCCAACGAGCCGCCGGCUCUCGCGGUGGCACCAUUCUCAAGGUACCCCGACUGGUGGCGGGUAUGGAAACCUGGCAAGCACCGGGUGAUCGGGAGAUCGAGUACAUCUUCCACAGUAGCUUCGAAGGCAAAGUUGACGUGGGCUGGAACUACUCGCGCAUCAGUUUCAUCCGCGACAUGUGGGAAUCGCAUUUGCGUGCUCUCGCAUCGCGGCUUGGUAAGCCGCUCGCUCCGUCUGCGGUGCGGAUUACUGGUGGUCCUGGCAGCAGUACCGAAGGGGGCGGCGAAGGGGCUGAGCAACAAGAGAAGAUUACUGCAGUUGUCAAUGUGCCACAGUCCAAGUAUACAUACACGGCAUUGGAGCCGCCGGUUAUUGAGACGCCACAGCUGCGGGACAUGGGAGAGGCAACGCCCCCACUGGAGUGGAUCGGGUUACAACGUGAUAAGCUGCCCAAUGUCACGCACCAGAUCAUUAUCGUGACCUUAUUGGAGAUCGCAAAGGAGGUAGAGGAUGCCUACGGGACUAUUUUGGGAACUUGA